GUAAGUUUUUCCCUUGUUGAUCGACAUUAUUGCAUUGUUGAUUAUCAUUACGAAAAUGAUAUCGAUGACGUAUUUCAACGUCUGUCACACAAUAUAACUGCAUCUGAUUUACUAAAAACUUUAUCACUUUCAAACGUUUCUCCGCUUUUCUUCUUAUUUCUUCUUUAACGGUCUUAAAAACUUGUUCAUCUUCCUUUUCGAAUUCGAUCAUAUAAAAUAAAUAAUAUAUUUUUCUUGAUUAUUAUCGUUUAUUUUGUUUAAACUUGUUCGAUUGUUCGAUUGUCGUAAUUAGAAUUAUUUUCGUUCAUAAUUUUGAUUAAAAAUUUAUUAUAUUAUUAUAGAUAAUAGGAAAAAAGAAAGAGGAACAAAAUUAUAAAUUCUUCGUUUUGAAUUGAAAACACACUUCUAAUGUAUUUCACUUCUAAUGUAACGAUUGUAAAACAACAAGAAAAUUGGAAACAAAAAUAUUCUUUGAAUUCAUCGUAUUCAACGUUAGAAAUCAACUAAACGCAACUAUACAACGUCCACGACGCGACUGGGCCAAUCAUGUCGGAAGCCGGUAUGACAGAGGCAUCUGACAACCGACAAAUCAAACACGAAAAUGAGUGCAUGUGCGCGCAGCAAGAAGAAAGAGAUUUGCGCGCGCGUAUCCACUUCCCGCUUCUUGACCUGUCAGCCAUUAGACUCUCUCGGUGUAGCCUCCCCCCAAUUGCGUCUUUCCCGCCAUAUAGACUUCAUCAGUUUGUCGAUUGGCCGGUAAACAGGUAUCAAAAACUCUCGGAAGUCAUCGAGAGCAACCAAGACACGACGAUUAGCGCGAAUGGCUGCAUCACUUAUCGAUUACAUAACAAGGCAAAGAUACUAUCACGAAAUAACAUUAUUAAUUAAAUUAAUUUAUAAAAUAUAUUUUCU